AUGGAUUUGUCACUGCAGGAAUUUCAACACAGGUGUUUUAGCAAAAAUGAGUUGAAGAGAGUGAGAGAGUUAACCAGCAAGCUCCUUGGAAACAUUCGCGAUAAAGAUGCAGGAUUGCUUAGGGCACAUGAGGAGGAUUGCAAGCAUGAUGAAGACAUGAAAUCCUUUGACACCAACCUCAAAGCACGUACGACAGAAGUGAUCAGCAGCCUUGCGAGUAGCGGAGCUAUUUCAACCGAAUACUUGAAAGAUGUUGUAAAUUAUGUGAGGGUAUGGAACCAGAAGACUGUGGACUCUAUCUUGCAAUUGGAAAAGGAUAUCAGAGGCGAGGGCAAGAAAGGGGUGAAGGGCAAGUAUUUUCACAGUGGUACUAGUUCAACUACUCAUGACCACUACAAGAGGAUAUCUGAGAAACUGAAGAAUAUCAAGGCUGCUGCCCAUAACAGUUUGGCUGAAAGCUUGCUCCAGAAGGUUCAACCUUUGAUCACGAUGCAUCAACAAUUCCUUGAGAAUUUGACAGUCCAGAAAGAGAAGCUUGGAAAGAAGCAGCAGACUGCUCGUGCUUGGAGGAAGGCCGCGAAUAUGUUAUUCAUCAGUUCUGUGGCUGCGAUGUUACUUUGGUCUGUGGCAGCAGCAGUUUUAGCUUCUCCAACUACUGUAGCAUUAGCAGCAGCUAUUGCUGCUAGUGCUGGGGCGUUAAUGGAAGGACAACAUUGGACUGUCUCUUGGUUAAAAGAAUGGGAAAAUGAUUUAAAGGAAGAAGAGAAUCAAGUUGACGAAAUGCAUGACAACACUAGACUUGCCUUUACGGAGUUGAACAAUAUUAAUAAGGCUGUAAAUGAGAUUGAUGUACUCUUGGGCCAACCAGACUUUGCAAUUGCUGAGGAACAAAUAAAUGUCACAAUGAAGGAUAUUCAAAAGAAGUUGGAGCCAUUUAUGAACAAAAUUGAGGGUUUGAGUGUAGAAUCGAACUAA